GGAUGUUCUUCACGCAGUAGUGUACCAUCAUCAUCAUGCUGUGACUUUUGUCUAUUUUCUACGGAAUUAAAACUCCAUCAUUUGCCUGAAAUGAUGCUCUUAGAGAUGUUGAUCCAUGUAGAGCACCGGUGAAAAUUGCAUGUUCUAAUGAAUGGAAGGAAUCUAGAGUUGACUCUGGGCUAAUGGAUACAAAUGUUAAUCAGUUUGAUUGGACAUAUUCAACAUAUUAUGAAGGCACAUUAUUUGGGAAUUCGGUCACUGAAGCCACUGAUGAACGUAUUGAUAUGGAAAAGCUCAAAGAGCAGGAAGAAAUACUUUUCUAUUCUGACUUGACUUUGUUUGAAGAUGAAUUACAUGACAAUGGUGUGGCUGUAUGUUCAGUGAAAAUCCGCUGCAUGCCUAGUGGUUUUUUUGCUUUGUUACGAUACUUUUUACGUGUAGAUGGUGUCAUGAUGCGUUUACAUGACACACGUUUAUAUAAAGCAAUAGAAUGGGAUUAUAUGCUCAAAGAAGUAUGCCGUAGAGAGUGUUAUACAACAAAAAUACCUGUUGGAAAAUCUGGAACUUUAACUGAUCCCGGAAGCUUUGCCAACACCUUACCUAUUGUCUACGAGUGCCAUGAAAAAAUUAAAUUUCAUAAAACAUCAUAAUUCUGCAUUUUUAUAUGUACCUUUUUAGAUUUGUUUGAAUAGGUACACAUGUUUAUAAUUACUUUAGCUUUAAAUACAUAUUAAAUCAACUUAUCAAAUUCUCAUUACAAUAAAUAAAUAUAUAUAUGUGCAUAUCUUAUUAAACUAUUAUGCAUCUUAUUGUCCAAAACUAUUUUGUAUAAGCAAUAUUAGUUAAAUAAAAUAUCCAUAAAAUGUGUUGACAUAAAAUAAAGUAAUAUUUCUUUUUAA